GGGGGGAGAAGGGGAGAACUGGUCCUGUCCAUGUGUCCGUCAGCACGGUGAGGGACUAUUUUGAGGUGAUGACUUCUUCACCCAAGCCCAGCUGAGAAGGGUCUGGCUUAGGCACCUGAACCACAUUCCUCCAGGAGAACCGUGGAUAGUGUGAAACGUUUGCAGAGACUGGUUGGAUUAGGUUGCAGUCCCUCCCUGGAUUCAGUUGGCUGAGAUUGUCGUGGUAGAGGAAGGUCACAGAGAAGCCCUUGUGCUCCAGGAUAUCAGCUGUGGAGCCCCUCGCCUGUCCUGCAGGCCUACACAAGUGACGGUGAAGGAGGAACAGGUCAAAGAUGGUGCCCCUUGGUAGGACGGCCAUUAAGCUGCUGGGGGCUGUGUUGCUCUUUGUGUCUCCAGGGUCCCUGGACCCAGGGGAGAACCGGAUCACGGGUGGCUACCCAUGUAAGUGGGGCUUACAGCCAUGGCAGGCCGCCUUGUUCAGAAUGAACCAGUUCUACUGUGGUGCCGUGCUCAUCUACCCACAGUGGUUGCUCACGGCAGCCCACUGCAAGCCCCGGAGCACGGAAAAGAAUUUCAGCAUCCGCGUGGGCAAGCAUGACCUCUUUGUGCUAGAGAAGACAGAGCAGAGCAGUGAGAUCAGUGACUUCAUCCCUCACCCGAAAUAUGACCCAAGGACCAAAGACAAUGACCUCAUGCUCCUCAGGAUCAAAAACCCCGUGAAGUUCAAUGACUACAUCCGGCCAGCUACCCUGACAUCUAUGUCCGUCCAGCCUGGCACCUCCUGCAUUGUGUCUGGAUGGGGCCUCACCAGGAGCAGCCCUACACCCACCUACCCCGAUGCCCUGCAGUGCGCCUGGCUCAAGGUCAUCCCCCAGCAGACCUGCCGGAGGGCAUAUCCAGACACCAUCACGGACAACAUGCUGUGCGCCGGUGUGGAGCAGGGCGGCACGGACACCUGCCAGGGUGACUCCGGGGGACCCUUGGUCUGCAGCGGGACCCUCCAAGGCAUCGUGUCCUGGGGGAUGGAGGCAUGCGGCCUGCCUGGGAAACCUGGCAUCUUCACGAGGGUCAGCCGUUACCUGCACUGGAUCAAAGAUGAAACGGACAAAUAUAAGUGACCACCUCCAAUAAAACCAAAACCAU